AUUGAAUGGAAAAAAUAAAAAAGCAUCAGAGAGGGGCAUCUAACAGGAACAAAUAUGACAUAAAUGGUGUGCCUUGUGACAGGAUAGGUGGGAUCUCCCAACAAGAUCACAUGACUAAGUCAAACUUCUGCUUGCCAAUAAUAACCUCUUCUCAGGACACAACAAUUCAUUAUGAACCUGGAAGAAGCAUCGAAAUAGUGAAUGAUGUGGACAAGUCAGACCUCAAAACUCCGAGUAUAAACAUGUCAAUCAAAGAUCUUAAAUCCUUCUAUAACCCUCCGAAUACACUUAAGAGCAGGAGAAAUGAAUUCAUGAAGAAACAUUCCUCGAACGUUUUAGGAGGGCACUCUUAUAAUUUUCAUUCAGAGAAUGACACUAGGAUUAGUAAUUUGAUCGAAUCCUUGCAUAAGAUAUCUCCUAAGAGGCCUGACAAGGAGAAAACGAUUAUGCCUCCUAUUCAAAAGCCCACUCCUCGUGGACCUAAAGUUCCGAGUUUUCAGCAUUAUAGUCCAAAAGCAUCUGAGCUAUUUCUUGAUAGAAAAUUAAGUUUAUAAUUAAGUCAAGAAUCUGAAACCCAUUCGAUGAGCAAUAUGAACAUAAAAUUAAAAGUGUUAUCAAGUAUUUGGAAAAGAAUACCAAGAAACGCUGUGAUAGUAAUCUUUACAACUACAUACAACUCAGGAAAAAUAACAAGAGCCAAUUAGCCACUACUAACAAAAGAGGCGUCUCUCUCGACAACUCUGACAGAACUAACGACCAGGUGUCCUCAAAGAUUGCCAAAAUCAGCCUUAAAAAGUUCAAAAAGCCUUCUAAAAUCAGCCCUAAAAAGACAAAAAAAUGUGCUAAAAAGCUGCAAAAACUCAAUCUGCCAAAAUCUAAGAAGAAGCCUUUAAACCUAGAGACCAUUCUCUAG